UCGGUCGGCGCGUAGAGGAUCUUUGGCUGCAGGUUUUACCAGGAGGAAGGCGCGUGUUUGACAGGACGGGACUCUCGCGCGGCGGCCGGUCGGAGUAACAGCGGACUCUUCAUGGACAGGACGGCCGUGGUGAAGGUCGGAGCCGCGGCAAGCGCCAGCGUCUGUGCCCUGUUCGGCGGCGUGGUGCUGGCCCAGUACAUCGUCGCUAAGAAGAAGCGAGCGGGCAAGAAAACCAGGAUCAUAGAGAUGAUGCCUCAGUUUGAGAAGACCACGGUCCACAUGAGGGACCCUGAGAGGGUGGAGCAGAUCAUCUGUGGCCUCAUCAAAGGAGGAGCUUCUAAACUACAGAUCAUCACAGACUUCGACAUGACGUUAAGCAAGUUCGCUGUCAACGGCAAACGCUGCCCGACGUGUCACAAUAUCAUUGAUGACUGCAAGCUGGUGACAGAGGAGUGCAGGCAGAAGCUGCUGCAGCUGAAGAAUAAAUAUUAUCCCAUCGAGAUCGACCCUCAGCUCACCAUGGAGGAGAAGUACCCCUUCAUGGUGGAGUGGUAUUUCAAGUCUCACACACUUCUUGUGGAGCAGCGAAUAGAGAAGGACAAACUGGCAGAGGUGGUGAGAGAGUCUGACGCUGCACUCAGGGAAGGCUAUGAGCAGUUCUUUGACCGCCUGCAGCAGCACGAUGUUCCCGUCUUCAUCUUCUCCGCUGGCCUGGGCGACGUCCUGGAGGAAAUCAUCCGCCAAGCUGGAGUCUACCACCCCAACGUCAAGGUCGUCUCCAACUUCAUGGACUUCGACGAGAACGGCGUCCUGAAGGGUUUCAAAGGCGAGCUGAUCCACGUGUACAACAAGCACGACGGCGCCCUGCGGAACACGGAGUACUUCAAACAGGUGAAGGAAUACAGCAACAUCAUCCUCAUGGGAGACUCGCUGGGGGACCUCAGCAUGGCCGACGGAGCGCCCAACGUGGAGAACAUCCUCAAGAUCGGCUUCCUCAACGACAAGGUGGAAGAGCGGCUGGACAAAUAUCUGGACUCUUAUGACAUCGUCCUGGUGAAGGACGAGACUCUGGAAGUGCCCAACGCCAUCCUCCAGAAGGUUCUAUAACUCCCAGUCCUCCCUUCAGAGCCCCCUUCAGACCCUUCCAGUGCUGGGCCUGUCAGACUUCUACCACCAACCUCCACCUGCUCUGGAUCCCACCUGGAUCAUCUCUCAACUCUGACCCCCCGACCCUCCUGCCCCCUCCCCACCGCGCCCCUUUAAAAAGCCUUUUUAAAAGAAAAUGAACUGUUUUAAAAGUCCACGCAGCAGCAGCAGCAGCAGCAGCAGCAGCAGAGCAGCAGCAGCAG